GUUAAGAAGGCCCACGUUAUCCAGGCAGAACUAACAGAACCAUAUUACUCUCCUCAAAUUCUUUUCAACUGUUCCUUGACUUCUUCAGUUGUCUCCAAUCUCACACCCAUAUGCCAGAAUCAAGACUGCAAAUUAAGACAUAACUAUGGCUAUGUCUUUCCCUUAUUCACAAUUUCCUACCAUUUCAAUUCCUUCUAGGAAGUACAAAUCCGUGCACAUUCCUACACUGCAUCAUCAACCCUCAAAAUCAAAAAGCCCAGUACUCCACCUUUGCCACCGCCCGUUCUUGAGCGACUUUACAAGAACCUUUAAAUGCCAGGCUCAAAAGCAGCAAGAAUAUCAAGUUGAAAGGCUAUUUUCCAACCUUAACCAAGCCACGCUCAAGAGAGAACCUGGAAGUUUAUCUAGUGCAAUAUUUCUGGUCGCGGGUACAACGGUAGGUGCUGGGAUCCUGGCAAUUCCUGCGGUUACUCAAGAAGCUGGUUUUUUGGCCUCCGCAGUGGCCUGCAUUGUAUGUUGGAUAUUUAUGGUUGCUACUGGGCUGCUCAUUGCUGAAGUAAAUGUGAACACAAUGUGUGAAUUGGGUUCGGGUGGUGUAUCCUUGGUGUCAAUGGCCAGGAGAACUCUGGGAACGGCUGGAGUUCAAAUUGCUUGUUGGACAUACAUUUUCAUCCAUUAUGCCCUUUUAGUUGCGUAUGUGGCUCGUUCUUCAGAAAUUUUGACCAACAUUCUCGGCAUUCCAUUAUGGGAAAGUGCAGCAUUAUUCUCUUUGGUUUUUGGAGGCAUAUGCUACUUUGGGAGUCAGCGCUUCAUCGGUGCUGUUAAUGGAGUUCUAGUAUUUGGAAUCAUUAUUUCUUUCACAGCUCUUGCGGCAGUUGCUAGUGGAGAGGUGCAACCAGAUGCUCUUUUGAAAGCCAACUUUGAAGCUGUUCCUAUGAGUAUACCAAUAAUUGCACUUUCAUUUGUUUAUCAGAAUGUAGUACCUGUUCUUUGCACGAAUCUUGAAGGAAACAUUUCAAAAGUAAGGACUGCCAUUGUUCUAGGCACAGCUAUACCUCUGGGGUUGUUUCUUGUAUGGAAUGGUGUCAUUCUAGGAUCAAUUCCAAAUACUGAGAUGGCUGAUAAGAUAGUUGAUCCACUACAACAGUUGCGAUCUACCAAUGUAGUUGUGGGACCAAUAAUUGAGGUUUUCUCACUAUUUGCAAUCGCGACAUCUUAUAUUGGAUUUGUUUUGGGGCUCACUGACUUCCUUGCAGAUUUGUUAAAACUCCCAGCCAGUCAGAACACCCCUCUACCAUAUCUCUUGACUCUGAUUCCCCCAUUGGCAUUAGCAUUGCUGGAUCCUGAAAUAUUUUUCAAGGCCUUGGAUUUUGCAGGAACAUAUGGAGUUUUGGUGCUCUUUGGAAUAUUUCCUGCUGCAAUGGCUUGGUCAGAUAGAUACUCAAGUUCAUCGCCAUCAAUAAAACUGCCACAGCUACUCCCUGGUGGAAGAGUAACCCUUUCUUUCGUGAUGGGAGGUGCAGCAUACAUCAUUCUUUCUGAAAUACUGGAGAAAUUUGGGCACCCUUAAUUAUCAAGAAACAAAUGAUCUUAUAGCUUAUGAUUUAUCCUUCAGAGCCUCCCCACAUAAUUUCUGAUAUUCUUUCAACGCUUCCUCUACUUAUCUUCUCGACCCUUAAAUGCUUGAUUUGAUCUAAUUAAUGAUUUUAGAUCAAUAGUUUAUUCUAUAUUUUGAUUUUUCAUUGCUGAUUUAAAUAAGAUUAUAAAUUUAUUGUA